CCCUGUUUACUCCAUGGAUGUAUAGAGAGAACUGGAUACAGUGUUCAACAUGGUGCGACCAUAAGGACUAGAAACAUGGCACACACGGCGCGAGGUCCCGUGGUUGGCCGGCCAUUGAUAUUCGCCAAUGAAGAGAGGAGGGCGGUUCACUCCUGGUCGCGGAUCUCCUCAGCGGGGCACAACGUCCUCCUAGAUGCCCUGAAGAUCCUCAGCCCCAUGUCCCGUGACCUGUCGAGCAGCGAGGAGCUGGUCACCUUCCUGCAGGAGCUGAGCGAAGAGGGCCACAAGCCGACCGUGCUGCGCAGCAAGGAUGUGUAUGGCUACCGCUCGUGUACAAACCAACCCCUCACUGAAGACAUGCUGAAGCCACCCAACAGGAGCGUCAGACCCACUGCCAAGAGGAGGGGGAAGAGGCCCCUGACCAAGAAAAGAGAGGUGCACCCGUCGUGGAACACCCCUGAGAGGAUCAGCCCGAGGAUUCAGGGGGUUCGCCCUCCAGAGCUGCUGGUGGACCAUCGUGCUAUCAUCUGCAGCAGGACACCCAAUCGGACUGUAGAGUUGUCGCAGGUGCGGCCAUGCCUCAGACUGACCAACAUUGAAGGCCUGUCUGGCUUCCACACAGCCAGACUCCAGAUCCACACUUCCUGGGACUCGUCUUCUGAGGCGCCCUCUGUUGCCUUUUCACAGCAACAGCACCCUCCAACGCUUUCAGGAAUACCUUUGCAGCCUUCUCAGAACGGUGGCGGGGCGCCCACCAACGCUGUGGCCUUGUUCAGCCAGAAGAGCCUGUCCUGUCCCAUCCGACUGGACGGUGCUCUCAUUGGAGAUUCAGCACCGGUCUUUUAUGCCAAUGGCCGCGCGUUUCCAGAGACUCACACAGAGAUGACCAGCAAUGGUUGGAGGAGCAACGGCCUCCACCGGGAUGGUCGGAGCUCCAAGGAACUGAACAACCCGACCCGGCAGAGAAAUGGCUGGAAGGACAAGAACAGUUUUAGAUGGAAAGUGAUAAAGGUGGAUGACUCUCGCUCGGUGGCUGAGGCCCGCAGGAAAGCGCAGAAGAUCCUACAGGUCAAUCUGUCUCCGGUGAUUCAGAUCCAACCCCUCAACCACGUCCUGAGAGACUUCAGAUACCAGAAUAAAUGACAAUUCCCCUCAAACCCACACACAUUGUCUCCUUUAGCAGAUGUUAGUGUUUUACAUCCAUUAGCCUCUACCUGGCUGAGCCCCAGUGUUCAUAGCAGACGUCUUACAUGGGUUUUUAUGAUCUCUGCUCAGUAUUGGAGGUAGAGAAAUUGGAAUCUGUCAGUGGAAGUUCUGGUUCCUGACAGGGGCACUUGGCAUUGAAAGGCUUUUGAAGUUGGAUGAUGCUUUUCCCAGCAGGCUGGGAAAUGACUAUCAGCUGAAUGCUGGUACGUUUUCACUGUCUACGUUAGUUUACGCUACUCAGUACUUCAACCAACCAUCAUUCUGCUUUGAGUUGACUGGCUGCUAACCAAUGUUGCUGAUGAAUUUUGGGAUGCAGCAUCCACUGUGACUGUCAGGUCAAAGGUGAAUUUGUAUUGCCCUACAGUAAGGCACUGGGUUUGGCUCACAGUUGUUUAAAGAGUAUUUAUAACUCAUUUGAAGUGUAGCGCCAUUUUGUUAAAAAGUAUUUUUUACUUGGACGCCCAGACGAACUGGUGGAUGAGCAGGGCAGUUUCCAAAGUCUUCAGAUGAGCAGACGCGGUGGUUGGUUGGUUCCAGCAAAACAAAUAAACUAAACAAGAGGGGGGGGAAAGAGAAACGUGUUUAGUUUGUCUUCCUUUUUUUGUAUUUUUGUUGUGUUUCCACUGGAAAUCAGAAAGGCUUUGGGAGCGAGUACAGCAGGGAAUCAAACCCGCUGCCCAUACAGAGAUAGAUUGAUACCUGGAUGAUCUGUUCGGUCCUUCACCAAGUGUUCCUUUGGUUUAGUUUAUCCACACAUGCAGACAAAAGACCUAUAGAGUAUUUUUGACUGUUGGGAAGAUUUGACAAAUCAUGAAUUGAUGGAAGCAAGAAAAAAGCAAGUAUGGAAGAGGACUCGGGCCUCGUGAAAACAUUUUGACCUCUGACAUUAAUCAUCGAGAAUUCUCAGAUAUAAGAAUUCUCCCACAUUUUCUCAUUAUUAAACAUGAUCUCCAGAUGCUCUUUAUGGAGUUUAUUCUCCAAAUUGACAUUUUCCCUCAAAAAUCUUCCAUCCAUGAUGUGACCCUGGUCCACCUCCAUAAGCUUCAGAUGUUUAACACCAGAUACAAAACCUCCAAGAUGUGCACUCUGGCUGGGAAAUGACCAUCAGCUGCUGGUCAAUGCUGCUCAAAAUUUACUUUUGUCCAGUUUCUGAACUUCACAGGCAAUCAACUGUCAGUAUUGACAUUUGUUUGGCUGAUUUUAAAAAUGUUUAUGAUGUUUGUUUAAGUUAAAAUCUCCCACCAGGACUCAUCUGUGUUCUGCUCCGUUAAUGAAUCUCCCAACAAAAGUCUACUUUAUAGAUUUUUUGUUUUUGAAUUCCUCAGCUGUGAUCAAACUGUUGCUCACCUUUUAGAAGUAAAAAAAUGCACUUUGAGAGUGCGUCAGUGCGUCGUUGUCCAUCAACGGCUGGAGGAGCAUCCAAGUCGUUAAUAUUUUUAUUUCCUGCAGCAUGUAGAAAAUAUUUGAAAUGAUCUCUAAAAUUUAGUUUCACUUUCUUUGAACCCACACUGGUCUUUUGCUACAGGUGCUAACUUUGCAACGUUGGUGCUGAAUUAAAUGACUGGCAUAAGAAUGUCAUCAUGUUUCUCUUCUUCUAGUUCAGAUUGGAGUGUUUUAAGAGCAGUGACUUCCACUGAGUUAUUCUUUGAGGGACUGAUUGCACUGCUGCCCCCUGCAGGUUGGGAUGAGCAUGCUAAACCGCCUUGUGUGCGUUCCAAUGGGUUCUUACUGUGAGGGACCACAUGAAUCCAUUUUCAUGUUAUCUGUGAGAAACUCCUGUGUAUUCCCCUUAAAAUAAUUUGUAUGAGAUGUUUGGGCAAAAUUACAUUCCACAAGACAAACACGUUGUUAUUGAGCGCUUAAGUUGAGGUGUUUGUUUCUGAGGUCAAACAUAACCUCAGAAACAAAAUCUUAACUCGUAGUCCACUUGCUAGCUUUUUCCUGAGCUUACAGAUCCAGAGACCGUUUAAAUGUGGAAGAAAGCGGACCUUGAUUAUAAGAUAAAUUUGUCAAACUACAUCUUUUAUUCCAAAAAAUAAAUGUUGACUACUUAAACCACCAUAUCAUAAGGUCCAGGUAAGAAAGAACUAAACUGCAGUUAGGUCAUUAAAUUACAGUUUUGUUUCAAAUAUCAUGAAAACAAUUCAAUAAAAAAAUAAAAAACUGUAUUUCCAAACACCAUGUCUUCAUGUUGCUGUGCAGUUCUAAAGUGAAAAGGUGUGCUUUCUGAUUUGAGGUCCAUCCACUAUGAAUUAGGAAUCUGUUCCACUGUUUAAACUCAGACCACAACAGUGUUUGCUGGUCGGCCCUAUGGAUUUCCACAUCUCUGUUCUGGUGAAUUUUUACGUUUUACAGUCUCGGUUUCUUUGUGCCCCCUCUCAGAUCUGUUUGUAUACAGUCAUGUUCACCAUCUACAAUUCCCUUUUCUAGGUCUUUCUUUCUGUUAGUCCUGUUUGUGCAACACUUGUAUAAUAUUGUAUUUCCUACAUGAUCUUUGAAAAGUUUUUUGUUCAAUAAAACUGAUCUGAAAAGAA